CCUUCAUCAACUCAAUAUUUUAGUUUAAUUCAUUACGUGUCAACUUCAUCCUUCAAUUAUCGAUUAUCAUCAAUGGCGCGUGGCUCCUCCCAGUCACAAGCUUCCUCCACCUCCCGCCCCGGUACCACGGCACCACCGCGUGGAUCAGCCGCCGCCGCUGCAGGGAUGCGUCGGCGGAGGCUGGGCGGUGGUUCUUCUACGGUCAACUCGUCGGCCGGUGGCGGCGGCGGAUCUGGCAACAACAUGCUUAGAUUCUACACGGAUGAUUCGCCGGGGCUGAAGAUCAGCCCCACCGUGGUUCUUUUCAUGAGCCUCUGCUUCAUCGGAUUUGUCACUGCUUUACACGUCAUCGGCAAGUUUUACCGCUUCAAAUCCGGAUAGCCCUAUAUCUGCCACGUGUACUUUGCUACUUUUCGUGUGUGUGUGUGUGUGUGUGUGUGUGUCACCCCUGUAGAUUUAUUUCUAUACUAUUUUCUCAUCGAUAGUGUGUGACCUUAAAUAUUUGUUAUCUUAAUGUAAAAUAAAGUUAAGCUGAAUAUAAUAAAAUAAUUACCAUUUA